GGUGAUGGCCGCCGUUGAUCCCACGCCAGCCUGCCCGCCGUCCAUCCCGCAGCAGCAUCCCCGCAAAUAGGCGCUAUUUUGGGAGGCCCCACCACCGCGCGCGCAAAGAGGGGGGUGGGGCGUCGUUGCGUGCGGCACCGAUGAGGUGCGGUGCUCGGGACCGGCUGGGGGAUUCGCCGCUGACGAUGGUGGUGGGCGGCAACGGCGGUGGCCGCCAUGGUUUUUUUGCUGCAUCAAUUUUUUUUGCUGGAACCACUUCUUUUUUUUGCUGGAAUCUUCUUUCAUUUUUGCUACAAACUGAGAGAGAUGAUGUUGUGUUGCUGCCAUGAUUUUUUUGCUACAUAAACCCUGGAACCAUUUUUGUUUUUUGCUGGAACCAUCAUUUGACUUUGCUGCAGUGGGCGAAGAUGAUGUUUGGUGGCGAUGGCGGUGCCUGCCAUGCUUUUUUUGCUGGAACCUCUUAAGAUUUUUGCUGGAACUGUUCUUUAAUUUUGCUGCAAUUCAAGAGGAUGGUGAUGCCGUCGCCGCGAGGAUUUUUGCUACAUUUAAUUUUGUACUAGAACCUCUUCUCAUUUUUGCUACAACCUACAAUCACAAAGCUACAAUCGACAAUAAAUUUUGCUACAAUGGUGACGGGUGGCGGCACCGACAAGCUUUUUUUUGUUGGAAACAUCACAAUUUUUUGCUACUACCUGUGGACAUUUUUGUUGCCACCAGCAAACCUGAAGGAGAGUGCUUUUUCGUGAGCUCAUCCUCGGGGUGUUGCGACCGGCGACCGGCGCUACGGCCAUCCCACCGGUGCUGCCAUCGGCAGUGAGGGAGCUGCAUCCCCGGGGAAGGUUGCUGCAUGCGUGGAUCCAACGAGGAAGACAUGAGACGACGAUGAGGAAGCCGGCGACCGGCGGCGAGGGCGGCGACCGGCGGCCACCGCGAGCCACCGGCGGUGCAGGCUAUGGCAGAUGUGCGGCGAGCCACGAGCAACGCGGGCUGUGGGAGACGGGAUGGCGGCAGAGUCAACGAUGCAUUUUUCCCUCUUUAUCUUCUUACGAAGCGGGGUGGAGAAGUUACAGAUCGAGCGGUUUAAAACAGGCUAAUCGUACGGCGUACGUACGACCGGCCCAAAUCCUGGCCGGCGCACCGGCGCCUAGUAGCGCCCUUCCUACAAUUAUUCGUGCGUUUGCUUUAUAGACUCCGUGCCAACCAACUAAAGUACCUUCUUCUGAUUGGCGUGUCCUAUUUAUCUCCCACUCUUUUUCCCUUCGAGUUUUUCCUCACUCUUUUCUCUGGUGGCCUCUGGUUUGGGAAGCUCGCUUGCAUCAGCAAGGUGGGGAUUAUUUUGCCCAGAGAGUUCCGGCUUCCGGGGCCAUGAGGCCGAUGCAUCUCUCGGGGGUCACCUGCUUAUGGAUCCUCUCAUGCGCCUUGCUGCUCGGCGGCGCUUGCUCCGAUGGGUUGCUGAGGAUCAACCUGAGCAAGAAGAGGCUGGACAAGGAAACCCUAGCAGCGGCAAAAUCGGCUAGGCAGGAGACCAACCUGCUGAGGUCCGGCGAUGAAUCUCGCCACUCUCCCGGCCUGUCAGGGGACGACACAGUUCCUCUGGACAACUACCUCGACACCCAGUACUUCGGAGAGAUUGGCGUCGGCACGCCGCCGCAGAACUUCACGGUUAUUUUUGAUACUGGGAGCUCAAACUUGUGGGUUCCGUCGUCGAAAUGCUACUUUUCGAUAGCGUGCUACUUGCACCACAAAUACAAGUCAACCAAAUCGACCACUUACAAGAAGAACGGAGAAACUUGCACAAUUAGCUAUGGCUCUGGGUCAAUUGCUGGCUUCUUCAGUGAGGACAGCGUGUUAGUUGGCGAGCUUGUUGUGAAAAAUCAGAAAUUCAUCGAGACAACCCGUGAAGCAAGUCCUACUUUUAUCAUUGGGAAGUUUGAUGGUAUACUUGGGCUCGGAUUUCCAGAGAUCUCCGUGGGAAGUGCCCCUCCAAUUUGGCAGAGCAUGCAAGAGCAGAAGCUGAUAGAGAAGGACAUAUUCUCCUUCUGGCUUAACCGUGAUCCCGAUGCAUCCGUGGGAGGUGAACUCGUGUUCGGGGGUGUGGACAAAAAGCACUACAAGGGGAAACACACAUACGUUCCAGUCACUCGCAAAGGCUACUGGCAGUUUGACAUGGGUGAUCUUCUCAUUGGUGGCGAGUCAACUGGCUUCUGUGCCGGUGGUUGCGCUGCAAUUGUCGACUCAGGGACCUCACUGCUCGCUGGCCCAACGACCAUAGUGGCUCAAGUCAAUCAUGCAAUUGGGGCUGAGGGGAUUAUCAGUACGGAAUGCAAGGAAGUAGUGAGAGAGUAUGGAGAGAUGAUCCUCGAGUUGCUUGUAGCACAGACAAGGCCACAGAAAGUGUGCAGUCAGAUUGGUCUCUGUGUAUUUGAUGGUAGUCACUCUGUCAGUAACCAAAUAGAAUCUGUUGUUAAUAAGAACGAGAAGCGAGGCUCUGAUCUUCUCUGCACUGCUUGUGAGAUGACUGUUGUCUGGAUACAGAAUCAGCUCCGAAAAAACCAAACGAAAGAGCUCAUCUUGGAUUAUGCGAAUCAGCUCUGUGAGCGUCUCCCGAGCCCCAACGGGGAAUCAACCGUCGACUGCCACCAGAUCUCAGAGAUGCCUGAUCUUGCUUUCACCAUAGCAAACAAGACUUUCACCUUGACGCCAGAGCAGUACGUAGUGAAGCUGGAGCAAUCAGGCCAGGCCAUUUGCAUCAGUGGGUUCAUGGCGUUCGACGUGCCGCCCCCUCGUGGCCCGCUCUGGAUACUUGGAGACGUCUUCAUGGGCGCCUACCACACCGUUUUCGACUUCGGCGAGAGCAGGAUUGGGUUCGCCAAAUCCGCAUGAGGACUUGGUGUAUCAGGGCUCAGGGCCGGUAUUGUACAUACUGCAAGCACGUGCAAGUUGCAAGGGCAACAAUAAACUUAUACGGAGUAUUAGUAGAAAGGAACAAAUGAACUUGCCACCAGCAUUUGUAUAGCUAUUUGCUAUGUAUGGCUUGAUAUGGAGCUGCAGACAGCACACACGAUGACACGACACGAGGUUGAUGUAAUAAGCGCGAUGAGAAUCAUGGUUUUAUGGUGUGAUCUCAUCGUUUAUGCGGCCACUCUCAAUGCACAUUUUCUUAGCACGGUA